AAAAAAAAAAAAAAAUCACCUCUCUCACACACAGCCAUGGCGAAGAACAGGAAUAAGAAGCGAAACGCAGCCGUUUCAAUGGAUAUUACAGAAGAGACCGUUUCAGAUCUCCCUCAAGUAAUGGACACGACAGAGUCUGUAAUUCAGAGUCCAGCUUCUGCUGCUCACAUUAAAAAGGUGAAGAAGGGAAGACCAAUGAAGAGAUCAAAAAAUGUCCGAAAGAUGAAAGCCGUUGCAAAAGCUAUAUCUAAAAGCGAGAAGUAUGAUGAGAAAACUUCAAAGCAUGAAAGCAAAAAGUCGAGAACACAAUCUGCGAAAACACUGUAUGACUGAAGAACCAAGUAUCCCAUCUACAUGACCAUAACAUUAUAGGAGUGGCUUAGUAUCAUCAAUUCCUUUGUGUGAUCUCUGCAUCAGUUUACUUACCUCUACAUCGGGUAAUUUAUAUUCUCUUUUGUAUAAGCUUUAGAGUGCUUAUUAGUUGAAUGUUUUUGCUAGUUCAAGUAAUUGAAAUAUAAUUUCUAGUAUUGUUAAUA